AUGCGUUUUCUAACAACCGCAUUGGCACUUGCUGGUGUCGUAGCUGCCAAUAAGGUAGCAAUAGACAAUGAUGUCAAUAGUCAGAUCUGUGAGGGUAUGUAUUCCAAACACGAUUGGGGAGGAUCAAUCACUCCUCAUAUAGGUAUCUGGCUCGACAAGUUUGGCAAAGAUAAGUUUAACCCGAAGAAGCCCGACGCCGAGCCGCUGGAGAAAAUUGAGGUCAGCUACGUUAUAUUCGAGUACAAGGAUCUCAGCCACUUGGGAAAGGUCGACCCUAAUACGGGAGUGAGGGUGUACAUUUGCUCAGAGAAGGCAAUUGAGGCUGGUCUCUGUGAAGAGAAGCUGUUGGGUAACUUCUUGGUGGAUGCCGAUAUUACCAACACGACGGUGUAUACCGCAAAGUUGACGCACUUGGGCCAGGCGAACAUCACGUAUCUCGUAGAGAAAACCGGCUACUAUUGUGUGUCUACAUACAUCUCCGACAGUACAAAGUACCUGGGCUCCGUGAACUUCCAGAAUGCUUUCGGCCAGUUAAGUGCAUCAGAGAUUCCUAAGUUGCCAGCAUACGGCAUCUUGACGCUUUGUUAUGCGGUCACCAUGGCAUUGUAUGGAUUCCAAUUCUUCAAGAAGCGGAAGCAGAACCAGAUCUUGCCUUUGCAGAGAUACUUGUUGGCCAUGUUGGCGUUUUUGACCUUCGACACCCUUGUGCUCUGGUCCUAUUUUGACUUAGUCAACAGAACACGUAGUCAGAACUGGUUCACCAAGUUCUACAUGGUGUUCUUGUCGAUUAUGAAUUCAGCUAAGAUGACGUUCUCGUUCUUCUUAUUGCUCCUCAUUGGUCUUGGAUACGGUGUGGUGGUGUUGAAAUUGCCUAAGAAGAUUAUGUUCCGCUGUAAGAUUCUUGCCGGAUGUCACUUUGCUGCCUCCAUGAUCUACCUCAUUGGCAGUUACCACAAUGCUGCCAACGGCUCGUCCACAUCUUCAAGCGACAUCUCUUCGCAAGGUGUGGGCGCAAGCCUUUGGGUUCUUUUACCUCUUAUACCCGUGACCAUCACAUUGACCUUGUACUACGUGCUUAUCUUGUCGUCCAUCAGAACAACUACCGCCAACUUGCACAAACAAAGGCAGGUGAUCAAGUUGCAAUUGUACGAGAACUUGUUCCGUAUCAUCUCAUUAUCAGUGAUUUUCACCAUCGGAGGCUUGGUAUUGUCCAGUUUCAUCUUCUUGAGUUUGUCAACUACUGAGGUGAUUGAGCUGCAUUGGAAGGGCUCAUUCUUCAUCUUCGACUUCUGGCCCAGUGUGAUCUUUUUCUUCGUAUUCUUGGGUGUUUCGUGGUUGUGGCGUCCAACCGAGACAAGUUACAUGUUGGCAGUCUCGCAGCAGGUCUCUACUAGUGAGGGCCCUGAAGAAGGUGAACAAGGCGAGAAUGGAGGUUACCAACAUGGUCACGAGUUUGAAUUGGAUGACUUGUCGGUGAUGAGCCACAGCGACGAGGAAACUGGUCCAAGAGACAGCUUUGAAUUGAACAAUCAAGGCAUCCCUCGGGACGAGCCUCCAAAAUACGAGUUGAGCACCUCGAAAGAGUCGGUACCAGAGGCUAGCAACACGCUAUUUGAACUUGGAGACGACGAUCAUGAUGAUGAACACGAACAGAAUUCGUCGGAUAACCGGUUGAAGAAAAAUGACUAG